CGAAACUUUCACGGGUGGCGCUGUCCCCCACUUCCGUCUACGGUGUGAAUUCAUUGCCGGGACACUUGUCGUAGUAAUGUAACUCCAGCGUUAAGCCAGAAGAACAGUGACCAUCAGAUUGCGUUCUAUCACAAAGUCGGGAAUCCCAGGUAAGAAACAGGAGAGCGGCCAAGUACCUGGAUCGGGAAUGGAGAAAUUCGCAGCAGCAUUGGGUGUCUGCCACCGCCCUCUAGUGUGGCAGCAGUUAGUCGGAGGUGCCGUCUCUGGCUCGAGGGACUCUCGCCAGGGGUUUUUGCAAUGCUCAUGCUUCGAGCGAAGAAUCUUACGGCACCGGAAAGCUGCUAGAGUGCUAGCCCCACGGGCUGCUCGCCUCGUCCUCACUACUGCUUCCGAAUCGGAUGACGCCGCUGUCGAAGAGUCGGAAGAAGUGAUGCCGAUGGUUACCACGACCUUUAUGUUGCAAAAAAAAUGCGACUAUGGCGAGCGGUUUGCUGUCGUUGGUGCGAGCCCUUUACUGGGAGCAUGGGAUCCAGCAGCGGGCGUUUCUAUGGACUGGUCCGAAGAUCACGUCUGGAAGUGCCAAAUAGACCUGCCUGUCGGAGAACAAUACGAGUACAAGUUCGUCCUUACAAGCAAGAAAGCAGUACCUGAAUGGCAACCUGGUCCAAAUCGAAUUUUCAAGACAGACGACGCCGAGUCGCCUUUGAUAGUCUCUGAAAGCUGGGAAAGCACGGAAAUGGGCCCCUCGUUAGAAACAGGUGACGCACCCGAAACUCUUUCAAAGCUGGUGGAGGACAUUCUAGAGGAAUCAACUGCUUCUGCAGUUGUCGAGGACGUUCUAGACGCAGCAGCUGACACAGUCUCAAAACUGGUAAACGAAGCUCUUGACAAAGCAGGGGAAAAUGUUCCAGAGCUGGGCAAAACAGCAGGAGGUAAAGGAGUUGACGGAACAGGUAUUGUCGAGAAAGAGGAGGCAGGUGCUGCGGCUAAAGUAGCAGAAGAAUCCGAGCCGGAAAAAGGAAGCAAAGAUGAACAGUCGACGAAUCAAGGAAAAACGAAAUCGGUGGUUACUUUUGACAAUAUGGAAGAAGAUGAAUCUCCAGAUUCUGAAAGUUCAAAGGACACCUCAUCAGAAAGUUCUGAGGAAGAGGAGGGACACUCAGCUUCUCUAGCUGUGGUUACUCCCCAGCCAGAGUGUACGAGCGACGUACCAGAAGACUCAAAGGGAUUCAAAAGCUUCAAGUUCGAGGCUCAGCCAGCUACAGGAACGAAAACAGACCACCAAGCUGAAAAUGGUCAGCCUGACGGAAUCGAAGAUGAUGGUUCAGUUUCUGUUCCGGCCAACAAAGAGCAGGAGAUUAAAUGAUGGUUGCGUAGUCGAGACUCAUACCUUGAAUCACUAGUAAGUGUUUCCAGCGAGAAACCCGAGUAGACUUGUAGCUUGGGGACUUAGUAGCAGCCUUGGCUCGAAGCUCACGGAUCUCGACAUCGAGUCUGCAUUCACAAGUAUCACGCGUUAGACAAGAAGCAAAAGGCAACCUUGGAUCAAUAAGAUUGUGUGCUAUCAACGUUCUCUCUC